CCAGACUUCCCUCUCCCAGUUCUCGGAGCGCUCUGCGCCGGGUCCCUUUUAUCCCCUUAGCUUCCUUGCCAGCGGGAGAGAGACCAAUGCCGCCGCAACAGGGAGAAGCGGACUACAUCAGCAAGCCAGUACCAGGCUGUUGCAGCUGCGAGGUGCCUCCCGUGCCCCCGCGCCGGGUGCGCAGCAGCCGGGGCGCAGCCGCAGCCGCCCUCGGGGCAGCCCUGGGGAACCGCUGCCGGGCUGGGGGCGCGGAGCGGCGUAGCAUCAAGUGCGUGCUGGUCGGGGACGGCGCGGUGGGCAAGACGAGUCUGGUGGUGAGCUACACCACCAAUGGGUACCCAACGGAGUACAUCCCUACCGCCUUCGACAACUUCUCGGCUGUGGUAUCUGUGGAUGGCAGGCCAGUGAGACUGCAGCUCUGUGACACAGCUGGCCAGGAUGAGUUUGACAAGCUCCGGCCUCUGUGCUACACCAACACGGACAUCUUUUUGCUCUGCUUCAGCGUGGUAAGCCCUUCGUCCUUUCAGAAUGUGAGUGAGAAGUGGGUCCCGGAGAUUCGCUGUCACUGCCCCAAAGCCCCCAUUAUACUGGUUGGCACCCAGUCAGACCUCCGAGAAGAUGUCAAAGUCCUCAUUGAACUGGACAAAUGCAAAGAGAAACCAGUGGCGGAGGAGGCUGCUAAGCUGUGUGCGGAGGAGAUCAAAGCUGCCUCUUACAUCGAGUGCUCUGCCUUGACUCAGAAAAACCUCAAAGAGGUCUUUGAUGCAGCCAUUGUGGCUGGCAUUCAGCACUCGGACACUCAACAGCAACCAAAGAAGUCCAAGAACAGGACUCCAGAUAAAAUGAAAAAUAUCUCCAAAUCUUGGUGGAAGAAAUAUUGCUGUUUGGUAUAGUGCUGCUGGCCAGAGACCCCAAAAAGCUAUUUUUAGAAGAAAUACAAAUUAGAAGCUAUAUUAGCUUAAA